AUGUCCCCAGCCGCUGCUCUCCGAACGGUCCCGUCGCUUGCUGCGCGAUACGCCACCACGUCCGCCCACUCGGGCAAGCACAAGGUUGUCGUGAUCGGCGCCGGUGCCGGCGGUCUGGCCGCUGCCAACCAGAUCUAUAAUGCUUUCAAGUCGAGAGGGGAGCGAUUGAACGAUGGCGAUAUCGCCAUCAUCGACCCUGCACAGCACCACGACUACCAGCCGGGAUGGACGAUCGUCGGCUCGGGUCUCGCUGACAAAGCGGACUACCGCCGGCCUCUUGCUUCCCUCAUUCCCGCUCACUUCGCACACAUCCCUGGAUCUGCUGCUGGCGUGGAACCACAGAGUAGCAGGGUGGUAUUGGCGGACGGGACGACCGUGGGGUACGAGAGCUUGGUUGUCGCUGCUGGCUUACAGAUCAACUACGACAAGGUUGCCGGUCUUACUGAGGCUCUCUCGGACGCUCAGUCGAAGGUAGCCACGAUCUACUCGUACGAGACCGCCGAUAAGACGUGGCAUCUCAUUCGCGAGUUUGACGGCAAGGGAGAGGCCAUCUUCACUCAGCCUUUCGGACCGGUCAAGUGUGCAGGAGCCCCGCAAAAGAUCGCCUACAUGGCCGACUCCUACUGGAAGACCACCUCUAACCCCCUCCCCUCCCGCUCCUUCAUCACCGGUAUGCCCACCAUGUUCUCCGUCCCACAUUACUCGAACGCCCUAAACGCCAUACGCCAGGAGAAAGGCAUCAACGGAGAGUUCAACACCAACCUUGUCUCAAUCGACUCGGCCAAGCGGGUUGCCAAAUUCGAGGUGCUGGCUGGCGAGAACAAGGGGAAGAGAAUUGAGAAGGAGUUUGGGAUGCUGCACGUCACACCACCGAUGGGGCCUCGGGACUGGAUCAAGAAGUCGCCAAUAGCGGACGCGGCGGGCUGGGUGGACGUCCAUCAAGGGACACUCCAGCACAACAAGUUUGAGAACAUCUUCUCUUUGGGCGAUUCUUCAAGCUUGCCAACCUCGAAGACUGCUGCCGCUAUCACUGCUCAGACACCCAUCCUGACCAACAACCUUGUCUCUCUGCUGUCCACCGGCAAGGUCGGGGAUGCUAUCUACGACGGCUACACGUCGUGUCCGCUGUUCACUGGCCGAGGAGAGCUCAUGCUUGCCGAGUUCAAGUACGGACUGGAGCGCAAAGAGACCUUUGGAUGGUUGACCGACCAGAGCAAGCCCAACCGGGCAUUCUACCACCUCACAAAAGACGUAUUCCCCCGCACAUACUUCAGCAAGAUGCUCAAGGGGGAAUGGUACGGUCCCAAGGGGAUCUUCCCUCCUCAGUUCGUGCCAUCGUGA